AUGGCUUUAAAGAUUGAUCUAGAAAAAGCUUAUGAUAGGGUGAAAUGGAGCUUUGUUCUUAGAUGUCUUGAAGAAAUGAACCUCCUUGCUAGCUUUAUUGAUUUGAUAUCUAAUUGUCUCUCUCCAGCUAAAAUGCAAGUGUUAUGGAAUGGGAAAAAGGGGGAGAAAUUCUCUCCUUCACAGGGUCUAAGACAAGGUGAUCCUAUUUCUCCAUAUUUGUUUGUCCUAGUAAUGGAGAAGUUAGGUCACAUGAUUCAAGGGGAGGUUGAUAAUGAGAAUUGGAUACCGUUUAAAUUACAAAGAAAUGGGGUUGGCAUUUCUCAUCUUUUCUUUGCGGAUGACUUCUUGCUCUUCGUAGAAGCUAGUAUGGAUCAAGCAGGCAUAAUAAAGUUAUGGAUCAGUAGGAACUUAAGAGUCUUUCAACAAAAGAAGUGUGGGGUCUGGGAGGUUUUGGCUCAAGUGCAAGUGUUGGUGUCUUGGUCAAACCCUGAACCCCUAUCUAUUAAGAUGGAAAGAGAUAGAGUACAAUGGAGAGCACCGGAAAUGGAAGUUGUCAAAUUCAGUAUAGAUAGCGCAAGUGGACAGGAUGCACUUAAAAGAGCUUGGGACAUGGGUUGGAGAAGGAUAGUGAUAGAGACAGAUUGCAUGGAGGCUAUCAAGAUGCUGCAGAAUGAUGAAAAACUAGAACACUCUAAUCAUGACCUCAUUGCAGAGAUCCAGAGCAUGAGACGACGAGAGUGGACUGUUGAUUUGACCUGGUGCCACUGA